UAUGUUGGACCGUGCCCCUGUGAAACUUAUACCAGUUACCAAACGAAGUUGAUCUAUCUCUUAAAAUAGCCAUCUCAUUCUCACAUACACACACUGCAGACGUAGGUUCCAGUUAAAAGCGAUACCCCACUCACAAACUUAAGCUUGACCAUGAAAGUCAGUAUUAUUGCCUUCGUAGCAGGGCUCAUUGGAGCUAUUGGGCUGCUUCUUUUUUUGGUGGCAUUUGGGACAGAUUACUGGCUCCUAGCAACCGAGAACUGUGAAGUGUAUGAACACCGUGCUGAGAAUGUAACAUCCAGGCCUACAGCUGCUGAACCGAGCAGGAAAGCAACAGAAACUCGUAGCGAAUCAGCCAUCACCUUUCACCAUGAAGGGUUCAUUUGGCGGUGCUGGUUCACUGAAGACCUUUCCCAUGAUAGUAUCUGGAAUUUCUGGUUCACAAACCAACCUCCGUCCAAGUACUGCGCCCAUGGCUAUCUCUUCCCUUUUCCAAUCGCAAUGGGACCUGUAUCUUCACAUGACAGUACUGCUGUGUAUCGAGGCUUCUGGACAGCAUUCAUAAUAAUUGGUGUGGCUAUUGGUCUUGUGGGAGGAUUCCUGGUAGUUUGUGCAGUGCCAUUUGUGAGUGCCAAACUAUACAAGUUAGGAGGUGGAUUCCUUUUGACUUCUGGAAUUUUAUUUUCUAUCUUGAUAUUUCUGUUUGUGAUGUGGAAGGAGUUUGUGGUGGAUUUGGAAAGAUACAUACUGAUAGAGAGAAGAAACAGCUGCAUGGAUAUCCUAGUCCACGUGCAGUACGGAUGGUCUUUCAUGUUUGCGGCUGCUGGGAUUCCAUUGACUCUACUUGCUGGACUGCUGUUCUACCUAAUUGGCUGCACCAUCAAGGCCCAUAACAAAUAAGAGGUAGAUGCUGACACCUGGAGUGACAAGCUCUUGUGCGGUGCUAGUUUGAUUCCGUGCAGUGGGAAAUCAAAAAUAGUCAUCAAUGCUCCAACAUAUUUGAGAUUACAGUAAGGUCCAUCUCGUUUUGAGAUCCAUGGAGACAUAUGAAGCAAGCCCCAGCUCUAUUUUCAGAGGAUAUUUUAUUUUGGUUUAAUGAUGCAUCACAUUUGAGAACACAGGAAUUAAUUUUGCCGACAUAGGGUGUACUGAAGAGGAUCUUUAAGCCUGCAGAUUAAGUUGGUCAUUUUAGCAAACAAAUGCUUCACACAUUCAUCUGACAUUUCUUGUUCCACUAUUUUAACUCGGGCAUUAACCCCAUGAAAUAACUGACCGAGAAAUGUUUUUCAAAUUAAUCGAUUCUUCACCCAUUAUUAUUAUCAAAAGGUAUGUCUCAGCUUUGAUCAUUUGAGGACAUGUUUUAUUUUAUUAGAUUUUGUAAAAAAAAAAACAAAAACUGAAAUUAUGCUUUCAAUAAUGCUUUUAUUCCAUGACAUUUUGCUAAAAGAAAAUGCUAUUUUGGAUAUCCCAGCUGCUACAGCUUUACGCAUCAGGUCCAUUAAUAUAUUUUUCUUUUGAUAUUCAUUCAUGGCAUCAAACACUGUCUCAAUUUUUUAUAUUGCUAUGAUUCAGUGAUUGGUUGAUGUGGAAUAAAAGCUUCACAGUGAAUGGCAGCUGAUUUUGAUGUGUUUUUGACCAGAUAUUUAUUCUCAGGCUCUAAUGCUAAAGUUAACGUAAGUCCCAUGUAUUUAGACCUAUGACUGUUAACAUAGAAUAUCCUGAGGAUAAUUCAAUAAUUGUGUUUCAAAAGCAGAUAAUUAUUUAAAGUGACUUGUAUAGUCUAAAAAGCUAGCUGCUAUGAUAUAGUUGGUAUGUUUAAAUCUGCUCUUCAACUUUCAAGCUUUUCCAGCAUGAUAUCGGUGUUGUAGGAGUGUAUUAUCAAAGAUUAUCUUUACUGUGCCAAUUUUUAAUGCUUGUUCAUGUGUGCACAAUGCAGGGUUGCUGAAAAACUUAUGUUUUGUACCACUUUUGGGAGCGAUGCAAAUAUUAUUGAAAUAAACAUUGCUUGGAAAAUGUAAAA